UACUUUAGGCUUGUGAUUACUUGAAUCUAUGCGUUUCAUCGAGGAAUUCUGAGCUGAAUCAGGUCGUGAUGGUGAUCAUCAUCCAUCAUGUUUAUAGUUUGGAAGAAACACAGCUCUCUUGCGCAAUUUUUAGGUUGAAUUGCUCAUCAGAGCUAUGAAUCGGGGAAUUCUUCGAUCCUGGGACUUCAUUAGUUCUUACACUGAAACGCUUAGUACAGUAGUACUUAGUCUCAUUUUUUCAAUCAUACAUGGAGCAACCAGGAAGUAGAUUUAGUGCUUACAAAGGACAGAUGCCGAGUGUUUAUACCUUUUCAAUCUUGCUUUGUUACGAUCUUUCUUGUAUCUCAUGUUCAGUUUGAGCUACUGAGCAUCUCUUGAUGCGGAGUCAUCAGAAUCUGCUCUUCAAAUUCAAGGAUGAACACAAACACUUAUCGUUUUUAAUUUCUGUGAUUGGAAAAACAGUGCUGCCGACUCAAGAUGGGGCUAUCUCAGUAGCUUCUGCAUUUGCUGGUCAUCAAGAAGCUGUGCAGGACAGAGACCACAAGUUCUUGACUCGAGCUGUUGAAGAAGCAUACAAAGGUGUUGAUUGUGGGGAUGGAGGCCCGUUUGGGGCAGUUGUUGUUUGCAAUGACGAAGUAGUCGUGAGCUGUCACAACAUGGUUCUCAAACACACCGACCCAACUGCUCAUGCCGAGGUCACAGCUGUUAGGGAGGCUUGUAAAAAGCUCAACCGAAUCGAACUGUCAGAUUGUGAAAUCUAUGCAUCCUGCGAGCCGUGCCCAAUGUGCUUCGGUGCCAUCCAUCUCUCCAGAAUCAAGAGGUUGGUCUACGGGGCGAAAGCUGAAGCAGCAAUAGCAAUAGGGUUUGACGAUUUCAUUGCCGAUGCUUUAAGAGGUACAGGUUUUUACCAGAAGGCUAAUUUGGAGAUCAAGCAGGCCGAUGGGAAUGGAGCUGUUAUUGCAGAACAAGUGUUUGAAAGGACCAAAGCCAAGUUUACCAUGUAUUGAUUGUUGGUAAUGAUAGUUUUUUUAACUUUCUUUUUCUUACUGCAAUCAGCUGGACUGAGGGUUGAAUUUGGGUGCUUCAAAGUGCAGAAAACUGUUGACUACUUUUGUUUUUCUUUUCCCCAAUCUGAUUACCUGUUCAAGUGACAAUGUAAUUGAUUGGAACCCUUCAAUUGUAUUGAUCUCUAAACCUAAUGUGUAGAGCAAAGAAAAAGAUCAGAUUUUUCAUUUGAAAGUACUCUUGUGUUGUUCAUGUAGCAAGC